AUGAGUUUUUCCAACAUUGUCGUCACCGGUGCGAAUCGAGGAAUCGGCUACCAGUAUGUGACUUAUUUGCUAGCUCAAUCUCCUGCUCCAAAGAAUGUCAUCGCCACUACUCGUAAGCCUAGUGAAGAGCUAAACAAGCUAAAGUCAGCCAACUCGAAUCUGCACAUUGUCACCUACGAUGCGACCAACUACAAGAGCUACCCGGAUUUUGUUGAGCAAGUUUCCAAAAUUGUCGGCCCCGAUGGCAUCGAUUUGCUAAUCAACAAUGCGGGCAUCUACGUGAGCGGCAACUUGGAGACAGUCAAAGCGGAAGACGUGCUGCGAAACAUCGAGGUGAAUGCUGUUGCUCCGCUGGAGCUGACUCGAGCCCUGCUUCCACUGCUGAAGGCGUCGUCCACUGCCAACAAGCGAAAGACCGUCAUUGCGAACAUUAGCUCUAUGGCGGGCAGUAUUGGCGACAACACCUCAGGUUCGGCAGUGAUCAGCAUUCCGUACCGGUCGAGUAAAGCCGCACUGAACAUGAUCACUCGCUCCUUGGCGGUCGACCUGAAGGAGACUGGAAUCAUUGUGUUGGCAAUCCAUCCUGGCUGGGUGAAAACCGAUAUGGGCGGCGAAAGAGCUCCGUUGACCCCACUAGCAAGUGUGAGCGGCAUUUCAGAGUUUCUGGCUAAGGUCAGUUCAGAGCAGUCAGGCACCUUUGUCAACCACCAAGGAAAAGAACUGCCCUGGUAG